AUGGCCCUCCAUCCUCCCGUCCAACAGCCCCUCACAGUCGUCCGCCCCACGCCGCUCCACCCGCUCGACGAGAUACCGCUCAACCUGCAUCCCUCUGCCACCACCAUCGGCAGCGAACCCCGCCCUCCACGCCCCAGCUCCCACUCUUCGCAGCAUGUCGGUCUCCAUUCCGCCUGCAACCUGCCCACAAAGGGCGACCACGCCGAUGCUCAAGAGGCCCUCGCAAAGCUCGAUCGCCUCACCAAGCAGCGCGAGAAACGCAACAGAUGGCGCAGGCCAGCAGACCGCAUCACCGGCGCACUCCAUCGCACAAGCGCCCGUCACGCCUCUGGUACCGGCGCCGCAGACGACUCCGACUCCGACUCGAGCGACUCAAUCGACCUCAGCAAGGCUUUUGAAGAGGUAAAGCUCAAGAUCACCAGCCUACCUGGACAUCCCGUCGUAGGCAAGGUGCGCAAUGCCGCAUCCAGAGCCAGAGAUCGCAUCGGCCGAGGAGACACCGACAGCCCCGGUAACUCGCCCGACUUUGAGCAUGGCCAGGACGGAUUGGCUUACCGCUUCCCUCUCACCCGCAGCAUCGGAGCAGCGGCAAGGAGGUUCUCGCUCAACAAGACGCCUCCGCCCUUUGCAGAGCAGAGCAGCAGGGCAGGCUUGACGGCCGCUCCUGGCGCAGCCAGCCCCGUGGCCAUGCACGCAACCAAGAGCCCACCGCCGAUUCCAGAGAGCCCGGGCAGCGCGUCCAGCAGCACGAUGCCAGACACGGGCAGGUUCAAGGCGUUGGCAUCGCAGAACCCCGAGCUGCUCGUCGUCGACGAAGAGGGCCACGAGCGACAGGCAGAGGAGCAGAGUCACGGCGGCCUCCGGCGUCCCGUCACCUUCUUCCACGACCAUGGCGAGCUGAGCCCAGGCAGCAGGAGCGCCGUCACGACACCAGGCAGCACCCCUUCCACCGAGCCCGCAGCCAACCCGAUCGUCUUCAACCUCACACCCAUCGGCUGCUCGUCGGCCUCUGUCAUCCACGACGAGCCCGAGGAGCAUGACCCGGGCGCACGGCUGCGCGGGGCCUGCACCCUGUCGCCAUCCGUGUCUCCCUCGUCAGCCUCGGGCUUGACCGAGUCCGACGAGGCCGAAGACGACGGCAGUGCAUUGCAGACUGACUCGAGCGAUGAAGAGGACGAGGACGACGACGGCGGGCGUGGUCCCAACGAUGAGCUGCUGACGCACGGAUCCGUCAGCCUAAAGCACAACGAGGCGCUGUCCAAGGAAGAGCUCAAGAAGCACCGGAAGCUGCUGCGCAGAGAGGCGAAGCGGCAGAAGCGAAGGGCGGCAAGGGGCGAGGUCUCUGCCGAUGGACCACCCACCGUCGCCCCGACGUCCAAGGCCGACCACAUCAAGCAUGGCGUGGGCCACCGCGUAUCAAAGGGCCUCCACUACGCCUCUAGCCAGAGCCGCAACCGCAGAGCCAUGGAGCGGUACUCUCCAAACCCGGUCAAGCAGCUCUACGCCCUCAACACGGACCUGCACCGCUCUGGGACUCCGCCCAUCGACGGGAUGACGGCCGAACGCCGCGGCAGCACUGGAGGACCCUUUUCGGCCAUCUCUCCUACCAUGUCGAGGAGCGGGCAGAGCAUCACCGGCGGCCGUCGAGGCUCGCUCGCCAACAGCAGGCGCAGCUCCUUUGCCGAAACCGAGCGGGACCACGACGCGACGACGCUCAGCAUCGGACAGGCCGUUGGCGAAGAUUUCGAGGGCGGCCACGUCCUCGGGCGGUGGAACACCCAGAUGUCGAUGGCGAGCUCGAUGGGCAGCUUUCGCAGGUACAUGCGCGCGCCAAACGUCCUGCGCAAGCGUCGUCAGGGCAAGUGGGAGGCCGAGAUGGCCGCCAUCGAAGCGGCCGCAGGAGGUACGCCCACCGCGCAGGCCGACCCGGAAAAGGAGCUCGACCAGAUGCUAGGCAAGCUCGCCGCUGAACAGGCCCCGCGCGAUGCUGGCAAGGAGAGAUACGAGUUCGACGUCCUCUACGAGAACCAACGAGGCCUUCUCGUAUUCGGCAUCCCCAAGUUCAGCCCACGCACCCUCUUUCAGUGGGACCCCUCGCCCUGGACGAGCGCCGACAACAAAAAGUCGCCCUACAACAUCGCCAACGCGCAGCUGCCGGACCCCUCGUGGGACUGGAUCUAUCCCGAGUGGCUGAUCGACAUGACGGGCGACACCGACGAGGCCGGCUGGCAGUACAGCGGCAACUUCGGUCGCCGCUUCUGGCCCAACGUCCACUUUCCGCACGGAAAGCUCGGGCUGCCCCGCACCGGCAUGGACGGCAUCACCGAGAUGAAUGCGCGCCUGGCCGAAAAGCAGGCCAAGCGCGAGGAGAAGGAGCGGCAGCGCGAGGACGACGGGCUCGAGGCGCUGAAACGCUCGGCCCGCGCCAAGUCGGACAAGUGGCAGGGCACGCCCGACCCUUGGACGUUUGUGCGCCGACGGCGAUGGAUCCGUCUCCGUCGCCGACGGCCACUCGCUACGGCCGAGACGGCGGCCGAGGCGUCCAGGGAGGCCAAGGAAGCAUCGCCGGGGCAGGAAAAGCUCACCGUCCCGGCGUCCGAUGGCGCCCCGACGGCCCUCACGGACAACGACUCGUUCCUCGGCACAUCAAGCUCGCUCUCGGGGUCUGACGAGGAGGACGAGGAAGAGGACGACGGCGAGCAGAGCGACGGACGAGACUAUGCACCUGCUGGAGCGGGGCCCUCGACGUUCUUGCCGAGGCGAUUGCCAGGCAACCUCGCCAACGGUUCGGACCCGUUCAAGUUCAAGAAGGACGUCGUCAGGACCAGGCGCGCGCAAAGGCACGCUAAGGAGUUCACGGGUACCCUCAAGGAGCUCAAGAGCCUGCUGCCCAGCCUUUUGGACGGCGAGCGAGAGGACCGCGCGACGAGGCCGCACCCGGACGGCCACCAUGGCGGCGUCUCGAAGGCAGCCAUGCUCAAGCUCAACCGCAUCGACGCUCGCAACCCGUUCAUCAGCUGGAAGCUGGUCAAGAGCCGGCUCGAGGACGCCGACAUGGCGUUUGCCAGCGCCACGCUAAGGGCGAGGGAGAAGCGAUACCGGCGGCGGCAGAACGAGGAGCUGGCGCGCAGCCGUAGGGCCAAGGCCGCGGCUGGCGACGGAGGCUCGAGGUCGAUUCCCUCCCAAUUUCUGGCGGACAAGUCGAUGCAGAGCUCGGGCGUCGGUGGCGGUGGAAUCGCCGAGGCUGGCUCGGCAAAGACCAGCAGGGCCGCCAACCUGCAGGAGCACGUCGACGAGGCUACGUCGCUGCCGGCCUCGAGCGGCGCGUUCAAGGAGCUGACGCGCGAGGCGCUCAUCGAGAUCAACUACAGCCGGGCGUUGCGCGUGCUCAAGGCGUGCAAGCUCGACCGGCAGAGGCUGGAGCUGUGGAAGCUGUGGCUGGGCGUCGAGUCGCUCGACACGCUCAUGGAGAACGCGAGGGCGCUGGAUCCGCGCGAGUCGAUCGAGGCCGCCAUGGGCUCGCCCUCACCGCCGCCCUCGCUUUCGGCCCAUCGCCUCAGCAGCGUCAGCGGCGGCGGUGGCGGCGUCUACUUUAGCGGCGGCAGCUCGUCGCGCCAUCGCCAGCGCGCCGACAAGGCACGGACGCGGUGGCGCGCGACGGUGAGCGGGCCGGACAGCAGCGACGUGUGGGACGUGCUGGAGCGGAAGCUAGACGACGUGCUGCUGCUGUUUGAGUUCCAGUCGAGCCGGGCGGCGCUGCUGCGCAGCCUGCUGGCCAUGCACGCCCUCUCGCACCCGGAGCACGUCUACCGCGAUCGGUCGUUGCGCUCCAACCCGAUCGAGCUCUCCCCAACGCACGUCCACGGCUCACCGCAGGAGAUGGGGGGCGCGCAACCGCCACCGCCGUCGCAGCAAGUCCGGCAGGGGGCAUGGCAGCGCUCCGGCCUGCCUCGGCUCGAGUUCUUCUCGGACGUCCAGGCGCUCCUGGAUGCGCUGCCCGGUCCGGGUGCCGCCGAGACCGAGGCGCGACGCACGAGGAUGGGCGAGCUGCAGGACGCGUCGGUUUCGUCGCUCGACGUCCUCCUCAACGCCACCACCACCGACCUCGCCGACGUCCUGCACCUGCACCCCCCCGCCGCCUCGUCUUCGUCGACGACCCACUCGCCUUCCGUCACGCCUGCCCCUCCCUCUUCGUCGUUGUCGAAUCGUGCCAUUCCGCAGCGCACCACUUCGGUCCCGCCCCGUCCUACCCAACGGCAUACCGGCGGCUCGACCGAGUAG